GGCUGGGGCGGGCCGGCAGGAGCUUUGAGCUUGGGCACGGAAGCCGCGAGGGCUGUGGGGGCGAGGGCGGGGCGUCCAGAGGAGGCGCGGGGACCUCGGGAGGGUCCGGCCCUCGGAGCCCCGGCCUGAAGAGGGAAGGGGCUCCCGAGCUGCGGUGGCAGAGAGGCAAGAUGACUUCUCUCCCCCAAGCUUGGAACAGCUGAAGGAAACAACAGUACAAGAUGAGAACAACAAAGGUCUACAAACUCGUCAUCCACAAGAAGGGCUUUGGGGGCAGUGAUGAUGAGCUAGUCAUGAACCCUAAAGUGUUUCCUCACAUCAAGCUUGGAGACAUUGUGGAGAUUGCUCACCCCAAUGAUGAAUACAGCCCUCUGCUUUUGCAGGUCAAGUCACUUAAGGAAGAUCUACAGAAAGAAACUAUUAGUGUGGACCAGACUGUGACUCAAGUGUUCCGACUAAGACCUUAUCAAGAUGUUUAUGUGAAUGUUGUAGACCCUAAGGAUGUGACCCUUGACCUAGUGGAAUUAACCUUUAAGGAUCAAUAUAUUGGCCGUGGGGAUAUGUGGCGAUUAAAGAAAAGUUUGGUCAGCACAUGUGCCUAUAUCACUCAGAAGGUGGAAUUUGCUGGCAUCAGGGCACAGGCUGGUGAGCUGUGGGUCAAGAAUGAGAAGGUCAUGUGUGGUUAUAUCAGCGAAGAUACCAGGGUGGUGUUCCGUUCUACGUCGGCUAUGGUUUACAUAUUUAUUCAGAUGAGCUGUGAAAUGUGGGAUUUCGAUAUUUAUGGGGAUCUAUAUUUUGAGAAAGCUGUGAAUGGUUUCCUUGCUGAUCUCUUUACCAAGUGGAAGGAGAAGAACUGUAGUCAUGAAGUAACAGUGGUCCUAUUUUCUAGAACUUUCUAUGAAGCAAAAUCUCUUGAUGAAUUUCCUGAAAUAAACCGAGCCUCAAUUCGACAGGAUCACAAGGGACGGUACUAUGAAGACUUUUAUAAAGUGGUGGUGCAGAAUGAGAGGAGAGAAGAGUGGACCUCACUCCUUGUGACCAUUAAAAAACUCUUCAUCCAGUAUCCAGUGUUGGUGCGACUGGAACAGGCAGAGGGUUUUCCUCAAGGAGACAAUUCUACCUCAGCACAAGGAAACUACUUAGAGGCCAUCAAUCUGUCAUUCAAUGUGUUUGACAAGCACUACAUCAACCGCAACUUUGACCGGACUGGGCAGAUGUCUGUGGUGAUCACGCCUGGGGUAGGUGUGUUUGAAGUGGACCGUCUACUCAUGAUCUUGACCAAGCAGCGGAUGAUAGAUAACGGAAUUGGUGUGGACUUGGUGUGCAUGGGGGAGCAGCCAUUACAUGCUGUCCCGUUGUUCAAGCUGCAUAAUCGAAGUGCACCUUGUGAUUCUCGUCUGGGUGAUGACUAUAAUAUUCCUCACUGGAUAAACCACAGAAAAUGCGGAAACCAAAGUUCCAACAUUUGCUUAGAGCUUCUGUAUGUGCAAAGCAGUGGCAGUAACCCUGCCUCUGAGAAAGCAAAAAAUGGCCGUGAUACAUCUCUUGGGACUCCAAAAGAAUCUGAGAACGCCCUUCCUAUCCAAGUAGAUUAUGAUGCCUACGACGCCCAAGUGUUCAGGCUGCCAGGCCCGUCCCGGGCUCAGCGCCUCGCCACCUGCAGGUCUGUGCGAGAGCGGGAGAGUCACAAUCGAAAGAGCGCCAGCUCCUGUGACGUCUCAUCCAGCCCUUCCCUGCCCAGCCGCGCAUUGCCCACCGAGGAGGUGAGGAGCCAGGCUUCUGACGACAGCUCCCUGGGCAGGAGCGCCAACAUCCUGAUGAUCCCACACCCCCACCUGCACCAGUAUGAAGUCAGCAGCUCCUUGGGCUACACCAGCACUCGAGAUGUCCUGGAGAACAUGAUGGAGCCACCACAGCGAGACUCUAGUGCUCCGGGGAGGUUCCACGUAGGCAGUGCGGAGUCCAUGCUGCAUGUUCGACCUGGGGGAUACACACCCCAGCGGGCACUGAUUAACCCUUUUGCCCCCUCACGAAUGCCCAUGAAGCUCACAUCCAACAGAAGGCGCUGGAUGCACACUUUUCCUGUGGGACCAUCCGGAGAGGCCAUCCAGAUCCAUCACCAGACCCGACAGAAUAUGGCGGAGCUGCAGGGCAGCUGGCAGAGGGACCCAACUCACUCCUCUGCAGAGCUGCUGGAAUUAGCAUAUCAUGAAGCUGCUGGAAGGCACAGCACUUCCCGCCAGCCUGGUGACAGCAUGUCCUUCUUGAACUUCAGUGGAACAGAAGAGCUUUCUGUCAGCCUGCUUAGCAACAGUGGUGCAGGUAACCAAUCCAAGAGAAAAGAGAAACUGGGGAUUCUUAGGCUGGAGAUGAGAAGACCAAAAAUGACACAAAUCAGGACCAAUGACGAAAAUGACAAAGAACAGGUCCCAUUUUGUGAUAAAGAACUGAUCAGCAGUUGGUACUGCCCCUUGGGAAAUGGGCUGCGUAGAGGAGCUAAGUUCUGUGCCAUUGAAGACGUUCGUUCGUGCUCUUACCCCCUUGCUUUGCUGACUGGACACUCUGUUUACAGCUCUCAGCAGCCGGCAGCAAGCUCCUUAACCUCAUCCUCCACCCUGACAGAGAUCCUAGAAGCCAUGAAACACCCCUCGACAGGAGUCCAGCUGCUCUCGGAACAGAAGGGCCUCUCGCCAUGCUGCUUCAUCAGUGCGGAGGUGGUGCACUGGCUGGUGAACAACGUGGAGGGCGUCCAGACGCAGGCGAUGGCUAUCGACAUCAUGCAGAAAAUGCUGGAAGAACAGCUCAUCACACAUGCAUCUGGUGAAGUCUGGCGGACCUUCAUCUACGGCUUCUAUUUCUACAAGAUAGUCAUGGACAAAGAACCUGACCGAGUGGCCAUGCAGCAGCCCACCACCUGGCACACGACAGCCAUGGAGGACUUCGCCAGCUUCCAGCGCAAGUGGUUUGAGGUGGCCUUUGUAGCUGAAGAGCUCUUGCACUCCGAGAUUCCUGCUUUCCUCUUGCCCUGGCUGCCCAGCCGGCCAGCCUCCUAUGCAAGCAGGCACAGCUCCUUCAGCCGCAGCUUUGGAGGCCGGAGCCAGGCAGCUGCGCUUCUAGCGGCCACUGUCCCAGAGCAGAGGACCGUGACCCUGGAUGUGGACGUGAACAACCGCACAGACCGGCUGGAGUGGUGCAGCUGUUACUAUCAUGGCAACUUCUCCCUGAAUGCGGCCUUUGAGAUCAAGCUCCACUGGAUGGCCGUGACCGCCGCGGUCCUCUUCGAGAUGGUCCAAGGCUGGCAUCGCAAAGCCACGUCCUGCGGCUUUUUGUUGGUCCCCGUUCUGGAGGGUCCCUUUGCACUGCCCAGUUACCUGUAUGGCGAUCCGCUCCGAGCCCAGCUCUUCAUCCCACUCAACACCAGCUGCCUGCUCAAGGAGGGCAGUGAGCACCUGUUUGAUAGUAAGAGACACUCCCCUCUGGACGUUCUGUCUCCACGAGUAAGACCUCUCCCCCAGGGCCACCUCUCUGGGCAUCAAAUCCAGGCAGGCUAG